AUGUUUUUGCGCAUUGCUAAUGCUGGGCAGAUAUCUGUACGUUGUGAGAAUGCAGAGAUUUUUGUUAUAGAUUCAGUAACUGGGCAAUCACGUUUCAGCAUGGAGAAUUCAGAUGCAUUCAGUUUUCUCCUCAUUGCUCUAAGCUACAAUGUGACGAUUAUAGGAAAGAUUUGGUUAGCAACUGUGAUCUUCUUGAGAUUUAUGGUGAUAUUCUUAGCAGCCUAUCCUCUCUAUCAAGAUGAGCAAGAACGCUUCAUCUGCAACACAUUGCAACCAGGAUGCUCUAAUGUGUGUUAUGAUCUCUUUGCUCCAAUAUCACACUUUCGUUUCUGGCUGAUUCAGACUUUGUCUGUCCUCCUUCCUUAUGUUGUUUUUGGUGUCUGUGUAUUACACAAAAGGAAGACUUUAACUGGUUGCAAAAUUACAAAGAACUUCAAAAGUGCAGCAAGAAAGAGAAAAAUUGGCAGGAGAAAUGAAACGGCUGUCCUGGAUUUUUCCAGGGCUUACAUAAUUCAUCUUAUUCUGAGAAUAUUGAUAGAGUCUGGCUUUGGAACUGGUCAUUACUAUCUCUUUGGAUUUUUUGUUCCGAAGCGUUUUUCAUGUGACCACUUUCCUUGCACGAGUUUUGUUGAUUGCUACAUCUCAAGGCCAACUGAAAAAUCCAUCAUGAUGCUUUUCAUUUGGGGACUUGGUGGCUUCUCCUUUCUUCUUAGUCUUGUUGACCUAAUCUUUGCUUUGCGAACCAAUGGUGUAAGAAAUCAUAGAAAUAAGCUUCUGUUGCAAAAGUUCAACUCAGAAGAGGAAGGUAGUCCUGACCAGCAGCAAGAUGACAAUCCAGGCAGUAUUCAUCAUGGAAGCAUGGCCAUCCCUGAUGGUGGUGGAAAAUGCUUGCUUGCUUGUGAGGCUACAGAGGACUGUCCUUUUCCAGCUACCAUGACCCUUCAGCAGACAAUUGGCUGUCAUCUCAACUGCAAUCAUAAUAAGCUCUGUAAUGAAUCUACCAAUCAAGAUCUGCUUUUCAAUGAAGCUAAACCACAGGAGAGCCCAUCUGAGCAAUCAAGAAAUGAGCACCAGUCCUACUUUGCCAAAGAACCCUUGGCUUUUAAAUCCCAAGAGGUAUGCCAUCAUAGGUCUCAUUCAUUUGCAAGUUAUGACAAGUCCUCAGUUCAUUAUUCUACUCUGAAGAGAAAGACCUCUGAUAUUCCGUCUGUCUGUGAUAGUUCUCCGUGCUCAAAAUCCAAAAAAUCUGAAUGGGUAUAG